CUAUGCAGGACUGUGCAAAUUCCGUGGUUGGUUCACAUUAUGCUUGCAGAGCAGUCACACUGCAAAUGACAUUUAUAUAUAUACUAGAGUUUUUUCUGCCCACGAGCAACAGAUGGGGGACAACUCACAGACCUCAUUGAGCUUGAUAUUGGGGACGAUGGAGGAAAAUUUCAGAACUUUUAAGCUUGCUUCUGGACAAGAACUGGGAGAUUUAUUAUCAGUUGAAGUUAUGGAUUUUCAGAAUGGACUAAAACUUCAUUCUGUUGAAAAGAUCCAAGCCAAGGGUAGAAGAGUGAUGUUGCAGCCAGGUCAUCUGGAUCAGCCACCAACGGAUGCCAUAAGCAAUGAACAAAUGUCAUUAGUGAGGCACAAAAGUACAAUUUGCCUAGUCUUGAACCCUUGCAGAGUGGAAAAGUUACAACACAACUUGUUUCAUCUGAUCAGCUGUCAAUGGAUCAUUCAAAAAAUGCACGUAAUGUCGACGUCACUGCAGAACGAAACAUAAUCAUGGUUACUAGUUCAGAUUCAGAAGGAGGCCCAAGAGAGACUCAAGAAAGGCAACAUAAAAACACUGGAGUUCGAAUUGAAGUUUCUUUAGAUGAUAUCCUUAAAUAUUCCAAAAAGAGCCGUAACGAUGCUGCAAAGAAACUCCAAGUUAGCAUAUCGACAUUGAAGCGUGUAUGUAGGGGUUAUGGUAUCCAGCGGUGGCCAUCUCGCAACAUAAAAAAGUUUCGUUCCUUUCGGCCCUCGCCUGUUGAGAACGAGGAACAAACCUGACAAUGUCUAAAUUCUGAUUUGCCUUCGAAUCAAGCCUUAGUUAGUGUUGCUCACACAAAGCCAGCAUUCCAAGAUGCAGACAUAGUGACAAUUAGGGCGAAAUAUGAAAAUAAUACGAUAAAGUUUCGGCUGUCUUUGCCGUCUAGAUUAGUAGCGCUUCAGCAAGAAGUGCUUAAAAGACUGAACCUGGAAGCUGGAACAUACUACGUCAGGUAUAAAGAUGAGGAAAAUGAGUUGAUUUUAAUAGCUUGCGACGAGGACUUACAAGAUUGUAUACACACUUUUAAAUCAUUGGGCAUCACUUCGGUAGUUGUGCUGCUUGAGCUCAAAUAGCCUAGUAUCCAUCGACCUUCUUGUUUUAAUUCCAGUGAUUUUCAAGUGCUUUUUUCAAUGGUAAAAUACUUCUGCGCCAGUGAAAAGAUCAGCCCUUGGUGCUCUGUUUUGUUUAUUCAAGUCUAUAGUAGGAUGCGAGGAAUUGCGACUUCCUUACAACGCUUUCAUUUCUGUGUUGUUGGGCUGCUUCUUCUCUUGGAUUAUUUAUUUUUUGGAAAAGGUUUGCAUCCUAUCUCACUUGAUCAGAAUUGAUGAAGAAAAUGGUGUUGAUGGUACUACUGAACCAAA